UCAUGCUGCCAUUGCCAAGUCCCAGAGUCUCUCAUGGGUUCCCUAUACGGCAUUCCCAUUGCUGCUGUCUCCAUCGCCACACUCUGCCAUUUGUGCCACAUUCAGGUCUCCUUCACACUGCUUGUGUUUUCAAUUUUUUGACAUCGAGGGUGCUGGCAGAUUACGGGCCUCCUCCAAUAGCUGCUGCCAGGCCCCUAAUCUGCCAUAGGGCCCCUUAUAUUAACCGCCUUCCUCUCAUGCUGCUGCGGGGCCGGGAGCCAGGUCCAAAGUCUCUCAUGGGUCCCUGUACGGCCUCCCAUUGCUGCUGUCUCCAUCGCCACACUGGACUCUGCCAUGGUGCCACUUUCAGGUCUCCUCACACUGCUGGUGUUGUUAAAAUUUUUUGAC